AUGUCUACUCCCCAAAACUUCCCUUUCUAUUACUUUUCUCCACCACCUCCUCAGUACUACCCAAACCCUCCGUAUGUUAUGCCACCACCAUCAACUCCAUCCUGGUCUGUCACACCACCAAAGCCACCUACUCCAGCAGUCUCACCCCCAGCACCAAAGCGACCUACUCCUACAGUUUCACCACCAUCACCAAAGCGGCCAACUCCGAUAGUGUCACCACCACCACGCAAGAAGCCAACUCCACCAAUGGCACCACCACCAAAAAAGCCGCCAACUCCAGCAGUGAGAGCACCACCGCCACCCCGUCAUUUCAGUCCUCCACCAUCUCCCAUGAUAAAACCGCCAGCUCGUCCUCUUGCUCCACCUCCUCCUCAUAUCACUCCACCAUCACCUGGACCAUCACACCACACCACCAUCAUUAUCGUAUUUGUAUCCUUGGGUGGUCUAUUCUUUCUUGCAUUCCUCUCAGUAGCUCUGUGCUGCUUUAUUAAAAAGAAGAAGAAGAAGAAGACAGCUCAAAAAUCUGAGAUCAUAAGCAUUGAUGGACAUAGGAAGGUGCAGGAAAAAAUUGUACCUGGCCCAAAUGGUACAGAAGCUGUAAUGCUAACCAUUGAUGAGGAUAUCCAUAUUCAGGAAGCAAUCAAGAAGAACGAAACAAUUGGUGAAGGUUUACAUGCAAAGUCUGUAGAGAGUAAUGCAGUCCCCCAUGGCAAUGGUAAUAGCUCUGCAGAAAACACUUCGCGAACUGCUGACGUUGGAGCAUCUUCUUCCAAUUCUAAUCAUUAA